CCAGCACCAGGGCUGAAGGGUACCAUUUAGAAGAAUGGAAGCUGAUGCAUCUGUUGAGAUGUUUUCAAAAGUCCUAGAGAAUCAGUUGCUCCAGACUACAAAAUUAGUGGAAGAACAUCUCGAUGCUGAAAUUCAGAAACUGGAUCAGAUGGAUGAGGAUGAAUUGGAACGUCUCAAAGAAAAGAGACUUGAAGCACUAAGGAAAGCUCAACAGCAGAAACAAGAAUGGCUUUCUAAAGGACAUGGAGAAUACAGAGAAAUCCCUAGUGAGAGAGACUUUUUUCAAGAAGUCAAGGAGAGUAAAAAAGUGGUUUGUCAUUUCUACAGAGACUCAACAUUCAGAUGUAAAAUAAUAGACAGACAUUUGGCAAUACUGUCCAAGAAACAUCUCGAGACCAAAUUUUUGAAGCUGAAUGUGGAAAAAGCACCUUUCCUUUGUGAGAGAUUGCGUAUCAAAGUCAUUCCCACAUUAGCAUUGGUAAAAGAUGGGAAAACACAAGAUUAUGUUGUUGGAUUUACUGAUCUCGGAAAUACAGAUGACUUCACCACAGAAACUUUAGAAUGGAGGCUCGGUUGUUCUGAUAUUAUUAAUUACAGUGGAAAUUUAAUGGAGCCACCAUUUCAGAGCCAAAAGAAAUUUGGAACAAACUUCACAAAGCUGGAAAAGAAAACUAUCCGAGGAAAGAAGUAUGAUUCAGACUCUGAUGAUGAUUAGAGCACAGUUAUAACUCUUUGUAAAUCAUAUUUUGAUUUCUGCCUAUUUCAGAUUUAGAUGUGUUUUCUAAAUUAUGUUGGUUUCGAUACAUUGUUCACCUGAUGCUCACAUUCUGGAGUUUUAUACCAUUGCAUCACCUUGAAAUACAUCUUUGAUAUUUUCUCUGUGGAGAUUGUUUGAGGUGAGGGAAAUUUUGAGUUCUUUUAUGGGAAGGGUCUGAAUUCUUUGUUUUUGAGAUUGAUUUUAUCACAAUAUUAUUCUUAGUUUUUAUAUUGUUCACAUAUAUCUUUUUAAUAUACUGAACUGGUAAUAGAAAUUUAACAAAGUAUUCCAGGACUAAUUAUUAAGCAACAUUAUUUACUUUAUACAAGAAGUCAAGUAACAUUUACUGGUAUAACAUAUUGUCCUUGUAAAUUCAUUUUAAACAUUUCAUUUCUAGAAUAUUUUUAAGUAACUCUUAGAGAGCUGCAUAUUUAUU